CCCCUCAUAUAAGAGAAACCCUAAUCGACGGCGACCGAGUGAGGCGGAGCUCCGAAAAUGGCGACGAACGACGGCCGAAGGAAGACAAGAGCAAGACCGAAUAUCCUGAUCACGGGCACACCGGGGACAGGUAAAACGACGACGUCGGCGGCACUAGCCGAAGCGGCCAAUCUGCGGCAUAUCAACGUCAGUGAAUUGGUGAAGGAGAAAAGUCUCCAUGACGGAUGGGACGAGGAAUUCGACUCUUAUGUCAUCAAUGAAGAUCUCGUGUGUGAUGAGCUUGAGGAUUUGAUGGAAGAAGGCGGAAAUAUAGUUGAUUAUCACGGCUGUGACUUCUUUCCUGAACGUUGGUUCGACCGCGUUGUGGUGCUACAAACCGACAACUCUGUUCUGUACGAGCGCCUUACUAAGAGGGAUUAUGAGGAAAACAAGAUAAAAAAUAAUGUCGAAUGCGAGAUCUUUCAGGUUCUUUUAGAGGAGGCGACGGAGAGUUACGCAGAAGACAUUGUGGUGGCGCUAAAAAGCGACUGCAUCGAUGACAUGGAUCGGAAUGUUUCUUCCUUAACUGAUUGGGUAAGAAGCUGGAGCUCCCAAUCUUGAUUUUGGAGUUAAGUUAUAAUCUUUGUAUGAAUGAUUGAAUUUCUUUGAUACAGAUCUUUUGGGUGUUUGAUGAAGGUAUUUGUUCAAUAUAUUUUAAUAUAUAUAUAUAUAUAGGGAUGUAUUUCACU